AUGGCGUUGUGGGGCUACUUUAUCUGCAGCCACCCUGUACAUCCAAAUGGCGGGGCAGUCAAGGUGGACCAGUAUUAUGUGUCCAAAGCAGGUGGGCCAAGGGGCAUACGGCAAAGUGUACCACGCAAAAUGCUUCCAGAGGAUGCUGUCACAGACGUAGUUCUGAAGGUGGUCAAGCUAUGUGAUAAUUUGUGGGAGUUCUGCAUCAUGGCAGAACUAGCGGCGCGACUAACUGCUUCAGAGUUGCCAUCUGUGACCAGGUCAGUGGCUUGUGCUUACGUUGGAGCCUUCUACAAGAAUGGUAGCGUCCUGGUCAUGCCCUACUGCCAAUAUGGGACACUGCUUGACCUGGUCAACGUGUUCAAGCAUCGUGGAGAGUCAGUCCCAGAGUGCCUCGUGCUGUACUUUACACUCGAGAUGCUGAUGGUGCUUGCAAAAAUACACAGCGUCCAGAUCAUUCAUGGAGACGUGAAACCUGACAACAUUCUGAUAGUGGACUUGUAA